AUGAAUGAUGCACUGUCAGAAAUCGUGCAUGGCGAAUUGGUUAUAUUCAAGGUUUUCUUUGAUGGAUUAGUCACGGACCGUAAGAUCUUGACACUCCUUCCAGUUCAUAUGACUGAUGAACAGGAUAGAAGUAAGGAACCCCAAGCUAAUGAGCAAGGUGAUGGUGAUGGUGAUGGUAAUUAUCAAGAUCGUACUGCUACCUAUGUUUCCCACUUGUUGAUUUUCUCAAAUUUAUUAUAA